AUGGCAGUCAGGGAGCGCCGCCAAUCAACGCCAAGUUUAGAGCAUUCUCGACCCUCCCAAAGAAGGGAAGGAAGCCCUCGAAGUAGUCACUCCAGGCGCACUUCGAGCCCCGAAUCGGAACCCAAGAGCCAAGAAGAAAGUAGAGAAGCGCCGAGAAGACGGCGAGACCCCUUGGUAUAUACCCGAACGCAUCGCGAAGGCUCUAGAGAAAGACCAAGGAGAAACCGGUCACGCGGAGAGGACGGUGGAGAAAGGGCGAGCAGAAGCCAACAACCUAUGAUCAUGGGAGUAACCCCUUUCCACCACUCGAUCCUCGAGGUCCGACUUCCGAAGCACUUUGAUAAGCCGACCGACAUGCGAUACGAUGGGACUCAAGAUCCCCAAGAACAUCUGACGGCCUUCGAGGCCAGGAUGAACUUGGAAGGGGUCAGUGACGAAGUCAGAUGCCGCACCUUCCAGGUCAUUUUAGCAGGCCUAGCGAUACGAUGGUUCAACGGCCUCCCUCAGGCCUCUAUAACGACCUUCGGAGACAUCACCCAAGCCUUUCUAAGCCUGUUUACUACCCGUAUCGUUAAGGCGAAAUACCCGAUCAACCUCCUUGGCAUAACACAAAGAACCGGAGAGCCGACCAGGAAAUACCCGGACAGGUUCAACGACGAGUGCCUAGAGAUCGACGGCUUAACCGACUCGGUGGCCAGUUUAUGUUUAACCAACGGGUUGCUAAACGAGGAUUUCAGGAAGCAUCUUACCACCAAACCCGUGCGGACGAUGCAGGAAAUCCAGAACGUGGCGAGGGAGUAUAUCAAUGAUGAAGAAGACAGCCAGGUAGUGGUGGCCAACAAGCGACAGCCUGCCUACAACCAGCCUCGACAGUACAGCAGCGGAGAGAGGCUUGAGGAACACUCCAAGAACGGAGUCCCGACCAAAAACUCCAGGCCGUUUCCCCGGGUUGGCAAGUUCACCAAUUAUACCCCCUUAGCCGCCCCAAUUGUGGAGGUCUAUCAACAAAUAGCCGAUAAGGGUAUCCUGUCAAAGCCCCGAUCUCUCAAGGAUAGGACCGGGGGAAACAAGAGCCUCUAUUGUGAUUACCAUAAGGGCUUCGGUCAUAAGACCCAAGACUGUUUUGAUCUCAAAGACGCCUUGGAACAGGCAAUCCGAGACAAAAAGCUGGCGGAACUAUCCCAUCUCAUAAGAGAGCCGAGAAGGAGAGAUAGAGAUCGGCCCGAGGACAAAGACAGAGUCGUGAGGCAAAAGAGGGAACCAGAGGAGGACAGCAAACAGGGACUCACGGUGGUGAAUGUCGUGGUCGAAAGGGAUGCUGCACCCAGGUCGAGAUCGGCGUGCAGAAAGGACGCCAAAGUCUUGGCAGUAUCCUCGUCGAGAACCACAUCUUCCCCCGGGAAAGUACCGUUAAUCUCGUUUGGACCUAAAAACCAGUGGAUUGAAGGCAUGCAAGAAAACCCUCCUAUGGUGAUCACAGUCAGAGUUGGAACCGGGCUGGUUAAGCAAAUCCUGGUGGACACUGGCACAGAUUCGAACAUCAUAUUCCUCAAUGUGUUUGAUGCCUUAGAUCUACGAGAUGCCGACCUGAAGACCCACGAACACGGUGUGGUCGGUCUCGGAGAUCACUUCAUCAAGUCAGAUGGGAUAAUUUCUUUGCCGGUCUCCAUAGGCAGAGAUCCAGUGAGGAGGACCGUAAUGGCGGAGUUGUCGUCCUAA